AGAUCAAUAUUUAAGUCCUUUUUUACUAUAAAUGUCCACUUUCACAUUAUUCUUUUGUUUUUGGCAAUUCACUUUCUUCAUCCACAUCGCCACCUGCUGGUCAGGGAGGAGAAUUCAUAGUAAAAAAAGGACUUAAAUAUUGAUGUUUCUCACCCACACCUAUCAUAUCACUUCUGAGGAUAUGGAUUUAACCCACUGGAGCCUUAUGGAUGACUUUUAUGCUGCCUUUAUGUGCUUUUUGGAGCUUCAAAGUUCUGUCCACCAUUCACUUGCAUUGAAUGGACAAACAGAGUUGAGAUAUUUUUGUAAAAUAGUUCUAUGUGUUCAGCAGAAGAAAGAAAGGCAUACACAUCUGGCAUGGCAUGAAGGUGAGUAAAUGAUAAGGUAAUUUUCAUUUUUGGGUGAACUGUCCCUUUAAAUGUGCACAUCGUAUGGUGUCAUUAGGGGCGGAGUCCCCUUUAAGAUUGAAAUAAUAUUGUCCCUGCUCCAAAGUAUUUGAAAAAAACUAUCUUACUAUGAUAAAACGGGUCCAAAAAAAUGGUACAGUCAUAGUAUUUUACACUUCAACAUAACCCCACCCUCUCUACGGUUUACUCCCUUUGACGCCCCUCGCGCGAGCCUAUCCACGACACGGUUGCGCCUGUGCUGGACUACAAACCCCAUAAUGUACUUCGACUCGCCCUUCAACGCCCGCGUGCGCGUUUGACAGCAGUCGCGAGACAGCGUGAAAUGUGCAAGUUUACCAGCUCAGAGUCACAGCAGCAGACGUGAAAGUGACAUGAAACGUGUUUAAAAAUCGCUCCUGCAAAAUGAAGCCCUGCAGUCGCUGGUGCAGUUUGAUUUGAGCGGGGUUUUGUGUGGAAGUGGAUAGUGACCGACUCCUGUUUAUUAGAGACCUACAACAGGUGCGGUCGGAGAAUCAGGUGUGAGAGUUUGCGUGUCCCACCAGCGAGCCCCGCUGCGUGCUGGCGUGUAUGAAUGGAUCAGGUUGGCAUGGGUAAUGCUGUUCAGGAACGCCAGGGGGCGCUCACACAGGGCGAAGUGCUGCCACGCCCCUCCUCCAGCCAAUCAGAGGGCUUUAAACAGGGCCGUUCGGUGUUGAAAUCUCUGCUCUCGGGGGCGUUUGCAGGUGCCGUGGCUAAAACAGCUGUUGCCCCUCUGGACCGAACCAAAAUCAUCUUCCAAGUGUCGUCGAAUAGAUUCUCUGCUAAGGAGGCGUACAGGUUAAUUCACCACACGUAUCUUAAGGAUGGAUUCUUCAGUCUGUGGAGGGGAAACUCGGCCACUAUGGUUCGUGUGAUUCCAUACGCUGCCAUCCAGUUCUGCGCACAUGAACAGUACAAGAGGAUUCUGGGAAAUUAUUACGGCAUCCAGGGCAAAGCUCUGCCUCCUGUGCCAAGACUGCUGGCUGGUUCAUUGGCAGGCACUACAGCUGCCAUGCUCACAUACCCACUGGACAUGGUCCGUGCACGCAUGGCCGUCACGGCCAAAGAGAUGUACAGUAACAUCCUGCAUGUGUUUGUGCGUAUCUCUCGUGAGGAGGGACUGAAGACCAUCUAUAGGGGAUUCACUCCUACUAUACUGGGCGUCAUACCGUAUGCUGGGCUCAGUUUCUUCACCUACGAGACCCUAAAGAAACUCCAUGCAGAACGAACGGGCCGCCUACAGCCGUACUCGUACGAGCGUCUGGCGUUUGGAGCGUGUGCGGGGCUGAUCGGUCAGUCUGCCUCCUACCCGCUGGACGUGGUCCGCAGACGCAUGCAGACAGCGGGUGUCACCGGCCACACCUACAGCACCAUCGGCGGCACCAUGUGGGAGAUCGUAGCAGAGGAGGGCGUCAUCCGCGGCCUCUACAAGGGCCUGAGUAUGAACUGGGUCAAAGGUCCAAUAGCAGUUGGUAUCAGCUUCAUGACCUUUGACGUAACACAGAUCCUCUUGGGCAAAUUUCAGCAGUUGGGUAAUAAUGCACGGUAGGCUGCAGGGGGCAGCAGAGAGACAAGAAGACGGAAUUACAUCCGUAAUGAAGAAUUUGCUGUGAUGCAAGUGUUUCAUUGUAGCAUCAAGGCAUCAGAUGGCUUUCAUGAGUGACAACGUAGAGCCUGUGCUGCAAGAAAAUGAAAAGAGAUGUUUACUUUUUAGCCUGGAGCAUAUGUUGCCAAUGAAGAGUAGUGGAAGUGUGGCAUCUUUCACACGCAAAUGCAGAACCCUAAUAGUUUGAACAAUGUGUGCUGGAUUAUGAUAUGAACGGUUUAGAUUUUGAUUUUCUGAUGAAAAAGUGUGUUUGAUACAGAGACACUGAAUGGAUGUCCAGCAUCUACUGCCGUCACAGACCUUACGUGCUGUAUGUGCAAUAUUUACUGUCCUACAUGUCUUUCUGGACACGCAUGGUAUGCGGUGCUUACAGUAUUUUCCUUUAUACCGAAAUACAGUAUCUCAGCGUAUCAAAUGAAAAACUGGCUUCAUCUACGGUACUGCUUGUGGUUUCACACAAGUAAAAAAAAUUUAUCUGUCAUCAUUUACUCAUCCUCAUGUCUUUCCAAACCUGUUACUUUUUUCCGCUGUAGACAACAAAAGAUGUUGUUUAGCAACAAUGUUUCUGCAAAGGUUUCAUUUGAAAAUGCAUUAAUUACGCUACAUUUACACCUCUCAUCCAUGCUGGAAUGACAUUUUCCUCCACCGAAAACAGAGACUUCUCCGUUACUGCAAACUUUGGAAAACGAUGACGUUAGGAAACUGAAACGAAGGCUUCCAACUUAAACACAUUAGUGAGGACAUGGCUUAAAUAUGGCAAACAAGCCAAAAAAAUAAAUAAAAUCCAGAUGACUUGUGCGCUGUAUUCCUAGUACUUGGUGAUAUGGCUACAAAAAUAAUAUCUCAAUAUUUUUCAGCCGAUUGACGCUAUUCGAUACAUUUCUCAAUAAUUAUGUAUUUGCUCUUACAUGGCUCAAAAGUUAUAUGUAUUUUUUUUUUUAAAUAAGAGGAACCAUCAUUUCAUCCAAACAGCCAUUGUAGCCAAAAAUAUUUAAUAUUUUAAAGGCAUUAAAUAAAAAUCGAUUUAUAAUUAUUUAAAGCAUUAUUUACCUUUAUGCAUUUUUAAUAAAACAUUUUUUUUUUAUUAUGCAUAUUGCAUAAUACAAACUUAUUACUGUGGGACCCAGUUAAGUUUAUUAAUAUAAUAUAAUAUGUAAUUAUCUUUAUUAUUUUGAGGAUUAGAUUUGAUAUAAAAGGAAUAUAUUUCCGUCCAAUUUACUUCAUCUGGAGCUUUUAUUUUGACACUGAAAGUGCAGUGUUUAUUUAAAAGUUUGCAAUGUUCCUCAUCUGGUGAUACGCUGUCUUCUCCUUUUCUGUUAUACUAUGCCUCAUUUGUAGAUAUGUAUAAUAACUUUGCACGAGUGCUUAAACCUGCAGUACUUUUCUUUCACAAUGUACGUGAACUGUUCUAAAAGCGCUGAAAGCACCAUGAGCCCUGCGCAUGCACAGAUCAGCGUUUAUUCUGAAGCAAACACAAAACAUGUUGAUCUGUCUUUAAUCGCAGCGCAUAUGAUGGUAUCGACAUUUUGAUGUUAUUUUGAUUCAUUGUGCAGCCCUAAAGGAUCAUGAAAUUAGUCUUCUGAUGCGCUCUUUAUGAAACUAAAUGGCCAAAUAAAAAGCGCAUUAAAAUCAGCAAAAUCAUUGCCAUUAUAUCAUGAAUAUUUGAUAUGUCACCCACUCCUAAUUCCAAGUCUUCUGAAGCCAUACGAUAGCUUUGUGAGGGGGAACAGACAUUUUCUCACUCCCUAAAUUUCUCAUUUGCGUUAUUUUUAUUCUCAAUCUGCUUUGAGAAAACGUGUCGCCCCAGGUUUGAUAUCAGUGAUACAGAAUGCUAUUGGUAACUGACUGCAACGUGCCAAGUUUGAAUAUGCAGGAGUGCAAAUGAGAUUUGAGAGCUCUGGCAGAGAGGUGGAGUUUCUGUGAAGAAUGACUAAGCUAUCGUAUGACUUCAGAAGACUUAGAAUAGAGUGCAUGAGUCAUAUGGAUUACAUUCAUGCAGAUUUUCUUAUGGUGUUUUUGUCCUUUUUGGAGCUUGUCACCCUCAGUCCCCAUUCACUUUCAUUAUAUUGAAUAGAGAGUCAUGAACAUACUGUUAAACAUAAAACUAAUCGCAGUCAUACAGGAACAACAUGAGGGUGAGUAAAUGAUGACAAAUGUUCAUUUUUUGGGUGAAAUAACCCUGUUAACCUUUUACCCUUUAGUGACUCAGAACCAAAGAAAGGUCAGCUGACCCAUGACAGUGGAGUAAAGUGAUCUCUAUAUAUUUAGAGAGAUGUUUAGAGACAUACAGCAGAGUUGUGUGUGUGUGUGUGUGUGUGUGUGUGUGUGUGUUUAUGAUGUUUUGAGUGUCUGAUCUGUCUGUUGCCUCUGUCUUUAAACUUUGCACUUGCUGUAUAUGUUGUCGUGCAUAACGCUGACUGACUUAAUGAGAGUGUUUGUCUUCAGCUUCAGUGUUUUACUGUCUGUGAUGCGUGUUUAGCGUCUCGCACAUCAUGUUUGGACUCCCAAGUGCCUGAAAAGAGAGCGAGAACACAACAGCUACUACAACUAAACAUAUAAACCAACUUGUUCUCAUGACUGUUGCAACAUUUUUGCAAAAACGAAAUGACACGUUUGGCUGCAGUUUCCCUGUGAAAUGUCCAGUGGGGGGCGCCAAAAGCGAGUGAUCUUGAUGGUUUUAAUGAGUAAAACGUACCCCCCUAAAACAGAUAUGAGAGUUACACAAAGCAGACAUCCGACCCUAAAACAACACCUAAACAUAACCGAUAGUGUCCGAAAACAAAAUGAGCAAUUAAAUAAUUUUGUGUUGCUUCUAUGACACUUUCGCCUCACGUGUCAGCUAGCGUGUUUGGCUGGGCUCAAACUACAGUGUUUUGAGUACUAAAUGCAGCACUCUAUCAGGCGAGCUACCACAGAAGAAAAUUAUAGUAAAUAAUGUGUUAUAGUAAAAGUGUUUCUAUAUCAUAACAUAGCAUUUUGUGACUAAUAGAGUGAAAAAUACACGUUAAUAAAGUUGUACUCGUGAUUUGCGUGAAAGUGAAUAAAAUGCACAGCUGUUGUUGCGCCUCUAGAGUUUAUUUCACCAGGAAACUGCAGCGAAACGUAGAAUGCGGCACGUAAAAGUACGUUUGUAAGUUCAUUCUAUGAGACUAGGUUGCUAUAAACAUAUCUACAUCAUCUCUACAUGAAUUUAAGUGUUACUAACACUUGAAACGGUCAAAAUUGUGUACACAAAUACAAAAAGUAUUACGGCGUCAAAUGUGCACAUUAGGUUGUGUUCAAGAAUUUACUGAAUUUGGAGAUUUGAAAUUAUACAUUUACAUUAGCUUUUUUUAAUUUUAAUCUAUUUUUUGUUCAUGCUCAUAUACAAAGUUUUUAUUCUAUUUAUGAGGAUACAAUUUCUGUUUUAGUCACACUCAAAAUAAUAAAAAUAAAAUAAUAUUUUUUUCAACAAAAUCCAUCAAAUUUAAUUGAGUAUUGUUUAAGAAAAUAAAAAUAAAUUUAUUUUAAUAUGUAAUUUAAUUUAGUUAAUUACACUGUUCAAUUUGGUGGAAUUUUUUUUAAUGAAAUUGAAAUGCAUAAAUCUUAAAAGUUGGCAUAUAUAUAUAUAUAUAUAUAUAUAUAUACACAUUUUUUUUUUUUGUUUUUUUUUGUUUUUAGUGCAAUUUAAUCACAUAGAAACACAAUACUGAUUCCAGAUGCCACUUCUCUUAGCAGAAAUGUUAAAUUAUGUGAAAUAUGUACUAAGGAGCUGCACAACGGCGAUGUGUGGAGAUUAUUAUGUUGAAUUUCAUGAAAAUUUAACGUCAAGAAAAUGUCCAGGUGAUAUUUACACCAAAAUCAAAAGAAAUAAUAAUAACAACAAUAAUAAUAAUAAUAAUAAAAAAUGAAGCCUGCUUUUAGGACCAUUAAGGUUUUUGCAUUGUCAUUAUUUUUAUAAUUAAAAAAUACACCAAUUCUUAGUAGUAUAGCUAAAGAAAAAAAAUCUAAUAUAAUCCAAAAUAAUGAUAAUGAUAUAAAUUAAUCUGUGAAGUAAAAUUGCAAGUAUACAUCAUGGUAGUAUUUGAUGUACUGAAUUUAAUUUAUCCUUAUUUAUAUGCUAAAAAUGGUCUUGACAUGAUCAUUUUCAUUACUGUACUGCAGUAUUUGGAAUGGCAUUUUCUGGCAUUAUGAGAAACUGAGUGUGAAACAUGCUUAAUUGUCAUGAAACUAUGGAAAUUCACCCGUCAGCUCUUGCUAAAAUCACGACCCUUCAUAGACCUACUAACCAGACAAUCACAGAACACUAAAGCACAAAGACUCUAAUCCAUGUCUUGGCAAAUAAAUGGCAUUAUGUGCAAUUUAUGAUAGAUAAACAUCCCAAGUGACCUUUCAAAAUACUGAUACAGGGAUUAAUUAUCAUGACACAACAUAAUCAGAUGUGAUGUGAGAUUUGACUGAAAUGAAGUCUACACUGGCAAACGUAUUUGAUCUACAGGUACGUUUGUUCAUUUGGAAGUAUAGAAUUGCAACACAGUGAAUGUGGAACUCCAUUUCUGGAAUCUGACAGUUUUUCCGGAUUGCUGAAUUCAUGCAUAUUUUAAUGUAAAGGUUUGUUUCUGGAUCAGGAGGUGUACUGAACGUGUCUAAUGUACUCUCACUAAAAUAACUUGUUUUCAAGCAUUUAAGACUGUUUUUGUAAAUUGCAAGGAUUUGUGCCAAAUGAAUGUAUAUUAAACUAAUGAUAUUGUA